AGUAAAACCGAACAUGACAUAACUAUGCACCAAGGAAAGUCUACUUUGCGCCAAGCUUUGCUAUUAUACUGUUUUGUCAAUUCCAUGUACUCUUACAACAAGCUAUUUACAAAAAUAAUUAAAUUAUGGCAUUAGAGGUCAUUAUAAAUUUUAAUCUUUUUGCUAAAUAUUGUCAAAAUCAUUACACUCUAGUAUCCAACAAUAAUUACUUGAUCUGAAUACUUUGGACGUUGGUUUCUUUCUAAAGUUAUAAAUUAUUUUCAAUAGUAACACCAAAGAAUAUUUUGAAUCUAAUUCAUCUAAAAAUUAGCAAGAAGUAUUCAAUCUAAUUCUACAUUUAUAUAUUCACACUAUUCAUAUUAAAUUUUUUUUUGAAAUGACACUAUUCAUAUUAUUAAAUACCAAACAUUUAGUCUAUUAACUAUUUAAAGCUAUCCAAACCCUGCCCCCAACUCAUAAAUCCAAAAAAAUAAGUCAAUAUCCUUACACAGUAAUUGAAUUUAGAUGAAAAGAGUGGUAUUUUCUAUUUAUGUUCAAACAAAAUUCCAUAAAUUUUGGAACAAGUAGAUAGAGUCAUAUAAUUAUGACACAUACAUGGGUAAUGAUCUAGCUAUAUUGUACUAAAAGUUGCAAAAUUCCUGUGCAUGCAUGCAUAUCUGCUUAAUAAUCUCCAAUCAAACAAAACAACCAUUCAAUUCAUUCCUUACCAUUCAUUGAACAAACCAUUUUCAUCUCCUCAAAUUAAGCUCCCAUCACAAAACUUCCCCAUCUCUCUCUUCCUUCCUUUCUCUCUCCUAGAGAGAAAGCCAUGGAAGAAGAUGACGAAAAAAUCACCACCACCAAUGCGAUUGUCUCCGUCAUCUUCUUUCUCUUUCUCUCCACCAUAAACGCGGCCAAUGCUCAAGACAAUGCAGCCAUAAUGAUGAAACUUGCUAGCUCCUUCAAACCUCCUCCUCCAACAUGGAUAAGUAACAACAAUCCAUGUAAAUGGCAAGGCAUAACAUGUGAUAAUUCAGGACAAGUUAUCUCAAUUAGCCUAGCAUCCAAGUCUAUCUAUGGAACGUUACCUUCAGAAUUAGCUCAACUAUCAAACCUACAAACUCUUUCUCUCCAAAAUAAUCACCUUACAGGCCCUAUUCCACCCUUAUCUAACCUAACCCAACUUAGAGAAGUUUUUCUUGAUGGGAAUUCUUUCUCUCAAGUUCCAUCUAAUUUUCUUCAAGGUCUUCCAAGUCUUCAAUCCUUUAGCAUUAAUGACAACCCUUUACAAAGUUGGUCUAUAACUUAUGGUUUGAUCGAGUCGUCCUCUCUUCAACAGUUUUUUGCCUCUAAUACAAGCUUAAUUGGGUCCAUUCCUGACAUUUUUGGGUCAUUACCUAGCUUAAAAAACCUAAAACUCUCAUACAAUAAUCUUACAGGUUUCUUACCUUCUUCUUUUGCUGGAUCAGGGAUUCAAAAUCUUUGGAUUAAUAACCAAAAACAAGGACUAACUGGAGUCCUUGAUGUAUUAGGUAACAUGCCUAAUUUAGUACAAGUUUGGGUUCAAGAAAAUGAUUUCGUUGGUCCGAUACCUGACCUUUCACAGUGUACUUCACUUUUCGAUAUCCAGCUAAGGGAUAACCAUUUAACUGGGGUUGUACCACCUUCAUUAACUAAUCUUCCUAAGUUACUGAAUAUCUCUAUGCAGAAUAAUAAACUUCAAGGGCCUAUACCAGUUUUUAAGGGAGAUGUACAAGUUAACCUAGGGUUUACUAAUUCCUUUUGUAGAAAUACACCUGGUCCUUGUGAUCCUCAAGUUACAGCCUUACUUGAUAUAGUAAGUGCCUUGGGUUACCCUAAUGAGUUAGCUGAUUCUUGGAAAGGAAAUAAUGCUUGCCAAAAUUGGGCUCAUAUAACUUGUGAUUCUAAUGGGAAGGUAUCAGUUAUAAAUUUCGCUAAGAAAAAUUGGGUUGGUACUGUUUCACCAUCCUUUGCUAGUCUUACAUCAUUAACUUCCAUCAUUCUGAAUAAUAAUGGGUUAGUUGGUAAAAUCCCAGAUGUUCUGACUAGCCUUAAUAUGCUACACAAGUUGGAUCUUUCUAACAAUAACUUAACAGGGAAAGUACCUAGUUUUGGCAAAUCUGUGGAGGUUAUAACUGAUGGGAACCCUUUUAUAGGCACAAAUGUUGAUACUACUGGCUCCUUAAGGUCUCCUCCUGGUUCAGGUGAUUCAUUGCAUUCACCUAAACCAAACCUUUCACCUUAUGAAAUCAUGGGGAUAGUUAUUGGUGUUUUAGUACUAUUCAUAGUUGCAGGAUUCCUCUUAUAUCCAUAUUUCAAGAAAUGGUUGUUUAAAAGAAUAUAUAGCUCAAAACCAACGCCUUUUGGCAAGCCAAUAAUAGGUCAUAAUUCUCAAGGAAGUCCAAUGGAUAAAAGUAAUAUGCUCAGUGAACAUAAUGUGUAUAGUUAUGGUAAUAACUUUCCCAUUGAAUUGCUUCGUGAAGUAACCGAUAAUUUUGAUGAUAAGAACAUUCUAGGCCGAGGUGGGUUUGGGAUUGUUUACAAGGGAGUUCUUCAAGAUGGGACCCAAAUUGCAGUUAAAAGGAUGGAAUCUAAUGUUGAAGGUACUAAAGGGAAGAGUGAGUUUGAGGCAGAGAUCGCGGUUCUUUCAAAGGUGAGACAUAGACAUUUAGUGGCACUUCUAGGAUAUUGUAUCAAUGAGAAUGAAAGGAUUGUGGUUUAUGAGUGUAUGUCCCAAGGAACAUUAGGACAACAUUUAUUUGAAUAUGAUGAAAUGGGAAGGUCUCCUCUUACAUGGAAGCAAAGAGUUGUGAUUGCUUUAGAUGUAGCUAGAGGGGUUGAAUAUCUUCAUAGCUUGGCACAGCAAAGUUUUAUACAUAGGGAUUUGAAACCUACAAAUGUACUUCUCGGAGAUGAUAUGAGAGCUAAAGUUUCAGACUUUGGAUUAGUGAAAAGGGCGUCUGAUCAAGGGAAGUAUUCAUUGGAAACUCGUUUAGCAGGAACGUUUGGCUACCUUGCACCUGAAUAUGCAGCCACCGGAAGAGUAACCACCAAAGUAGAUGUAUUUGCAUUCGGAAUAAUCCUAAUGGAAUUAAUAACCGGAAGAAAAGCACUAGACGAAAGCUUACCAGAAGAGCAAUCACAACUAGCAACCUGGUUUAGAAGAGUCCUAAUCAACAAAGACAGCAUAAGGAAAGCCAUAGACUCUAACCUCGAAGCAGAUGAUGAAGAAAUCUUUGAAAGUAUUUGCAAAGUGGCUGAGCUAGCAGGGCAUUGCACGGCUAGGGAGCCCCUCCAACGCCCUGACAUGGGUCAUGUUGUUAACUUACUUUUGCCUCUAGUAGAACAAUGGCGGCCCACUGAGCUAGAAAGCGGCAAUGGCAUUGAUAUAGAUAUGAGUCUUCCUCAUAUUCUUCAGAAAUGGCGUGCUGGUGAGACUGCAACUUCGAGUGGUUACAAUGACGAUAAUAGUAGAAAUUAUCAUUCUACUGCUCCUACAACUCCUACUAUGGGCCUAAGCUUUAAUAACAUUGAUGCUAGAUGAUGAGAACAUUAUAAUUCAUAUAAUGGAUGUAUAAUAGAAGUGGCAUUCCU